GCAGUUGACCUCAGCUUACCAGGAAGGAUGUAGAAAGCGUAGAAACGUAUUGGGUUUGAGCUAGCGUGUGGUCCAGUCAAAGCUCGGGGGCCGGGAUCGGCAAUAAUGGUCCCGGAGCUGCAUAAUUGAAGGAUUCGGCGGCCUAGAAGGACUCAGCAAUGAUCAACAUUCAGUUAGCGCAGUUCCUUAAAGCCUUCUUGACAGGACGUAAGAAGACUGAGCAAGAAUGUAUCGAAAGCCCAUCGCCGGCACGGUUGGCCAUCUUUGACAGGAAAGCAGCAAAGGGAUACUACAGCUUCGCCUGGCAUACCUCAUCCGGCGAAAAAUGUGUCUCUGGGACUGGAGCGAUCGUGCCGCGGCGGAUACCAAAGUUUGUAAAGCGCCACCACGUCGGAGUCGGUCUUUCUUGCCUGAGCAAAAUUUCGAUUUCAAACUCUGCCAGCUGUUCCGAGUGGACGGUGGUGGUAUCCGCGGACGUCCGAAAGCUCAGUCGCGUCUGCCCGCGCCUCCGUGAGAUUUCCCUGGAUGGCUUUAGCUUUGGCGCCGCACAUCGGAAGCGACGCGUCAAGCUCCGCGACUUCCCCAAGCGCAUGGUCUCCCUCUCUUUGCGCAGCUGUGUUCUCGAUAUGAAGACGUUCUUCGCGGCGGGACCCAUCGAAAACUGCGAGCUGACUGCGCUUGAUCUAGGUCGGUGCUUCUUCCUCAACGAGGAGAAGUCUAGCAGCAAGAGGCGAGUGGCUUGGCCAUUGUUCCCUUUGCUCGAGAGACUGUGCUUGGAAGGCUGCCCGUUCCUCUUUUCCGAAGCUCUUCUAAGCGAUGUCCUGCUUGGAUGUCCAUCGCUGCAAGUGCUGGACUUAGAAGGCACGUCUCUGCAGAGUACAAUCGACGUCGCGCUCAUUGGGCGAUGCCUACCGAAGCUCAGAGAACUUUUCAUUGGUUGGACUGACGUGAACGACUCCUCAUUUCUCGCACUGGAGCGAGGAUAUUUCGAGGAGCUGAUUACUUUGUGUCUCGUGGGAACUCACGUCACGAACUUGGGUGUGCUGGCGGUCUGCGGUGUUUGUCCGCGGCUGCGCACAAUCCGAGUGAAUAUAGGGCGCUGGGCUGUCAAGAAGCUUGAGAAAAUGGAUGCCUGUCGCUUCGUCAGCAUUGAGAUAGCAUGCUUCAGGAGUGACAAUGUGCACGCGUUCCUGCGUCACGAAGGGUGCGAACACUUUCGCGAGCACGUGUAAACGGUCGUGCGGGUAACACGGGACGCAUGCACUUACUUGACAAACGCAGGAAUAUACAAACUGCAUGCACAUAUUCUAUUGGCGUGCUAACUGCGUCAAAAAAAGCAUGGAUAACUUGCGUCUUUUGUUGUCGUUAACGCAUACUUACUUCAGAUAUAGUGCAACUGCGCUCAACAGACACGCGUGUUGUAGACUUGACACAGAAUUUGAGCUGUCUGUGCUUAUUUUACGCAGUGACAGUUAUCUAAAUACCAAUAAAUUAGCUUAGCUCAUACGCGCUACACUAAUGUGCAGGAAUUCUGAAUUUAUAUAUUCUCCAAAACGAUAAUUUGGGCUUCGAGAUGGGGGGGGGGGCACAAUGCUUUGCCAUGUUAUUUCAACGAGUAUUUUACGUUAGAACAAACGGGUUUUCACUUUCGUUGUUGCUGAACUCAGUUCAUUCAAUCGAAGAAAAAAAAUUGUGGCUAGGUUUAUGAUAUACGGUGCUAACAGCGACGGCAGAAUAAACUGAUGUGCUUUUGACUCUUUCCCCCUCUUUUUCGCCUGUCGCUUGGAGACAUUGUAACGUAUAAAGAGUGAUCGCCUGUGGAUUUCCCCCUGACGUGGCCGAUUCGGGGCGAGUGGGAAAAUGCGGGCAGGCCUGCAUAUUUACAAGCAACCGAUGGUCGCCACAUUGGAACUACUGUGACAAAUACGAACUUCCGCGCUGGACAAUGCCUCUGCAACGGAAGACCAAUUCUCAUUUCCGCCGAAGCAGCUGCGGUGACUGAAUAAACCAUUCUAGGCCUCUCAUUCAAGCCGCAACCGCAUAAUACGUGCGAUUCACGGUGUGAACGACACGCCAACACGCGAGGUCGGCGAGCGAGGUGCGAUGAAAAGAAAAAAAAAGAGAUAUCACGUUGCUCUUCUGUCCUAGAACAGCAAUUCGCAGCUGCUAAAUGUAAACCAUUGCGGUAAAUAUCUGAAAUAACAUUGUUGGAUUGUCCCGUGAUCAAUGUUUUUUUUUUACCAAAUGAGAAACAUGAUUUGCGUACAAGCAGCUGAUUAAAGUUCGUCCUCUUCGA